AUGUCAAUGAAGGAAGAUUACUACGACUACCUUUUUAAAAUUGUUCUGAUAGGAGAUUCCGGCGUGGGAAAAUCGAACUUACUCUCCAGAUUCACGAGAGACGAAUUUAAUCUAGAAAGUAAAAGCACCAUAGGUGUAGAAUUCGCCACAAAAAGCAUUCAGUUAAAAAAUAAUAAAAUAAUAAAAGCACAGAUAUGGGACACAGCCGGGCAAGAGAGAUAUAGGGCCAUCACCUCCGCGUAUUAUCGAGGGGCAGUUGGGGCCUUGCUUGUGUACGACAUAACAAAAAAAAACUCAUUCGAGAAUAUUGAAAAGUGGCUCAAGGAGUUAAGAGAUAAUGCUGAUUCCAACAUUGUUAUACUACUGGUUGGUAACAAAAGUGACUUAAAACAUUUACGUGUAAUAAACGAUAAUGAAGCAACUCAGUUUGCGAAGAAAGAAAAAUUAGCCUUCAUAGAGACCUCUGCUCUGGAAGCUACCAACGUGGAACUAGCGUUUCACCAGUUACUGAAUGAAAUUUACAACGUCCGGCAGAAAAAACAAGGCACAAAAAAUGAAGACAGCAUGUCCAUCCAACCUCGCGGGAAAAAAAUAAAUGUGGACGACGACAAUGACGAGAAUAAUUCAAAGAAAAAAUCGAAGUGUUGUUGA